AAUACAUCUCAAGAUGUGAGGAAAAACGCGAGGAGCUGAAGGAAGAAGGAAGGCGAAGCUCGUAACGAAAAUGCAGAUAUUCGUGAAAACUCUCACUGGUAAAACCAUAACUCUCGAAGUUGAAUCCAGUGAUACAAUCGACAAUGUUAAAGCCAAAAUACAAGACAAGGAAGGAAUUCCACCGGACCAACAAAGGCUGAUUUUUGCUGGUAAGCAGCUCGAAGAUGGCCGCACCUUGGCCGAUUACAACAUCCAAAAAGAAUCGACUCUACAUUUGGUGUUGAGGCUUCGUGGUGGAAUCAUUGAGCCAUCGUUGAUGGCUUUGGCUAGGAAAUACAAUCAGGACAAGAUGAUAUGCCGCAAGUGCUAUGCUCGAUUGCAUCCUCGUGCUGUCAACUGCCGCAAGAAGAAGUGUGGACACAGCAACCAGUUGAGGCCUAAAAAGAAGAUUAAGUAGAUGUAAAUUUCUAUUGCUGCUGACUUGUAGUUUCUUGGCGGUAUUAGAUCUUUCAGAAACUGAACUUUGAUAUCUUGUUCAAAAAAACAAUUUGUACUUGGAUUUAUUUUGGGUUUCUGUUCGUUUUACCCUUAAAGAUUCAUGGACUUGUAUUUGGGAGAGGUAUAUGAAGAGUCUUUGCUCAUUUCAUAUUUUGGGAGAUCAAGUCGAUUAGCAUACAGUUAUUGCUAUUUUGCUGUGA